UUUAAACUGUGCAGAUCAGCAGAAAGGUUCGUUUGGGUAUUGUAGUUGAUAGUUAUGUCGCGUCUAGAAAAGCAGAACCAAGCGGGGAAGAGACAUUUUAAAGAGACAAAAUCACUUGCAACUAGAAAAGCAGAAGUUCAUUCUAUAAGAGACAAGUUUCCGACCAAAAUACCAGUAAUUGUUGAACGCUACAAAAAGGAGACAAUGUUAUACCUUUACUUGAGCAUGGGGUGUAAAUACACCAUGGUCCCUGGUGAAAUGACAAUGAGUCAAUUUGCGACGAUAAUAAGAAAUCGUAUGUCGGUCGGUUCCUCCCAGGCCGUCUACCUGACCGUUGAUAGUCGCCACAUGCCAGGAAUGGCGCUUACGAUGGCGGAAAUAUACAACGAUAACUUGGACGAGGACGGAUUCUUAUAUAUGACGUACGCUUCCCAAGAGAUGUUCGGCUGAUAAGUUGAGAAGACGUACUGCUGCAAGAAAUAUCUUUGGUUGUACCGUUAUAUUUUACACUUAAAUCAAAGUAUUUAGUUUGAUAAGAUUCAAACCGAAAGCGAUCCUUUAUGUCAGCUGCACUUCGUACGUUUUAUUUUGCAAUACUUGCCGUUAUAUUGGUUACUAACAAUAGCGAACUCUCCUGUCUGUAUUCAUAUAUUGCUACACAUAGUACUUGCCUUUAGUUAACUGUGAAAUAAAUCAAUGAGCUUAUUUUCUAUAUUACGCCUUGGAAAACUUUAUGCAAUUGCUACUUGUAAAUAAAAUAAGCUAAUGAAAAUA